AUGAUUAGUGGUAUCCAUCGUUCCAAAACAUUAAGAAAUGUAAAAUGCAAAAUCUUUUCCCUUCCAAAUUCCACAUUUUUAUUAUUAUCAUCUCUUAGAGGCAUCACAAGCAAUGCAGUUGAUAAUGGAAACUCUUAUAUAGAGUCUUACCUCACAAAUAAUUGUGGGUUAUCUUCAAAAUCUGCUCUUUCAGCUUCUAAGUUUCUCAAUUUUAAAACCCCAGAUAGACCAGACUCAGUUCUUGCCUUUUUGAAGAGCCAUGGAUUCUCAAAUACCCAAAUCACAACCCUUAUCUGCAGACGCCCAUCAGUACUUUUGGCAGAUCCUGAGAAAACCCUUUUGCCCAAAAUCCAAUUUUUUCAUUCUAAAGGAUUUGAAAUGCCUAAAAUUGCCCAAAUUUUAUCUGUAUGUCCUGAUAUUUUGCACAGUAGCUUACGAAACCAAAUAAUUCCUGGUUUUGAUGUGAUCAGAAAUUUGUUACCAUCUAAUGAGAAAGCUCUUCUUGCUAUAAAACGAUAUCCACGUAUAAUGCUUAACUUCCAAUCGUAUGUUUUACCUAAUAUCAAAAUUUUGCAAGAAACUGGGUUGCCGGAGUCAAGUAUUGCUUGGCUAGUUAGAUAUCAUCCUGCAACUUUAAAGACAAGGUCGGCUCGAUUUGCUGAGAUUGUUGAAGAGGCAAAAGGAAUGGGAUUGAAUCCUUUGGUUUUGAACUUUGUUGUUGCUCUCCAUGCAAUAAGAGGAUUCAGCAAAUCCACAUGGGAAAAGAAAAUUGGCAUUUAUAAGAAAUGGGGAUGGUCCAAGGAAGAGAUUAUUAUGGCUUUUGGGAAGCAUGCUUGGUUAAUGAUGUAUUCUGAGGAAAAGAUCACGGCGAUGAUGGAUUUCUAUAUCAACAAAAUGGGUCUGGAUUCUUCCUAUAUUGCACAAUGUCCAUUACUCAUCUCACUCAGCUUGGAGAGAAGAGUUGUGCCACGGUGUUCAGUUUUACAGGUUCUGCGGUCAAAACGUCUGAUCAGGCCAACUAGCCUAUUUUGGCCGUUGAAAAUUACUGAAGAGGCGUUCCUGCGCAAGUAUGUGACACCUUAUAAGGAUGAAGCUCCCGACCUGUUGAAGUUAUAUAAGCAAAAGUUGAAUCUUCCAAAAUGA